AUGGCCAAGAAGUUUGUUCCUCGCCAGAGGAAACAUAAGGUCCUUGCGCGAGAGGCGCGAGAAGCACAGCAGGCGGCUGUUGAAGAUGGCACAACUCCAUCUGCUCACAUCGACAGCAAUGCUGUUGAAAUUCUUCCAGAUUCGAAAAAGGCAGCCGAGGAAGCAAAAAGAGCCCGGAUGAAGGCCGAAUUAAAAGGCGAUGCGAAAAUGAGUAGCAAGAAAGCUAAACGACUCGAAAAGUACAUUGAUAAAAAGCUUGCGAAAGAUGAGAAUCGCGCGCUCUUGGCGCAACUAGCCGCCAAUAAGAUUGAUACGAGUCUUUUUGCUAGCAGUCGUAAUUUGGGGACUGCCAAAGAGACCAAGCGUGAGAUGAUGAGCCGGGCGCUGAGAGAACGCGCUGCUGGGAUCUCUCAAACCGAUGAGAGCAUACUUUUUGAGAAGAGACCUGAACCAAUAGAUGACUCGGAGGAUGAAGACUUAGACGACGAGGACGUAGGAAAAAAGGCCGAAUUACUAGUAAAGGAUGGAGAAGUUACACAGUCUGAGAAAACCGGGAUAUCAGAGCCUCCAGCUCCUUCAGUUGUGGCUGGAUCCGGUCUGAAACGACCAUUGGAGCUGGACGAUGAAGGAAGACCCUUGUUGCGCAAAAGGCAGAAACGAGGCGGCGUCAAAUCGAAAUUUUCAGGAAACGCGGGCUUUAUACCAGAAAUUCCUUUAAGUCCAUCCAAUGAUCAACUCGAAACGCAGGGCGAACCAAAGGACGAGGAUGAAGAUGAGGAUGACGAAUGGAAUGGAUUUAGUUCUGACGAUGCGGCAUCCGCUGAUGAACAAGAGGAGUCGGGGACCGAAUCUUCAAGUGCAUCGGCGGAUGAAGGUACAAGUGAAGAGGACACCUCAUCGGAAGAUGAAGACGAUGAAGAUGACGGCAAUGCCGCCAAAACGCGCUCAUCGGCAUUCAAAGCGUGGGCUCACGAACAGAGAAAUUCAGCCCUCGGCUACCAACCCAAUAACGGCAAUACUACACUGGAAUUUACAGUUCCUCAAAAUUUUAAACCAAGACCAAUCGAGCAAGACCCUUUGCCACUAGAGCUACAACCAACGAAGGAUACUGGGCGAAAGGCUUAUAGCGUUGUAGUUGAAAGGCUAUCUGAAAUACAAGAAGCUAGGCUCAAGCUCCCUGUAGUGGCCGAGGAGCAAAGAAUCAUGGAAGCAAUCCACAACAACAAUGUGGUUAUCGUCUGUGGUGCCACUGGAUCCGGAAAAAGUACGCAAGUUCCUCAAAUGCUAUUCGAGGCAGGAUAUGGCUCUCCAGACUCUCCCACACCAGGUCAGAUUGUUGUUACCCAGCCCAGAAAGGUUGCCGCGGUGUCCGUUAGUCAACGUGUGUCGACUGAAUUAGGGAGCCAUUCUGACGCAGUUGCAUAUCAAAUUCGAUUUGAGGGAACUGCCAGCGAGAAGACUAGGCUCAAGUUCGUAACGGAUGGUGUAUUGCUUAGAGAAAUCGGCAAUGACAUCUCUUUACUAAAAUACUCGGCUGUGAUCAUUGACGAAGCUCAUGAAAGGAGUUUGAAUACAGAUAUUCUCAUCGGCAUGCUGAGUAGAACAGUUAAGUUAAGAGAAGAGAUGGCUAGUGAAAACCCGAAGAUUUCUCCUCUAAAACUGAUUAUCAUGUCCGCCACUCUUCGGAUAAGCGACGUGACUAACUCGACAUUGUUUCCCACGCCACCCCCGGUUCUGAACAUUGAAGGCCGACAGUAUCCUGUGGCGAUACAUUUUGCCAGGAGAACACAGCCUGACUAUGUCGAUGAGGCCUUCAAGAAGAUAAUUCGCGGGCACCGCAAGCUUCCGCCCGGCAGUAUGCUUGUCUUCCUCACUAGUCAUAGUGAAAUUUCUAGGUUGAGCCAAAAGCUGAAACUCCAUCAAACUGGGUUAAAGUCUGCAUCUUACCCUAAGAUUCGUUUCUCAGCAAAUGAUGGUCCUCUGGAAGUAGAAGACAUCGAAUUCGGUCAAACAUCGGACGAUGUUACGGGCAAUGAACUCGACGAGUUACAGAUCAUUGGGGACGAACAGGAUAUGGAUGAGGAGGAGGAAGCUGAAUUUGACAUUCCUAAUGAGACGGGGCAAGCUCUGCCUCUCAAAAUGCACAUAUUACCCUUGUAUUCUCUCCUACCCACGAGGGAACAGAUGAAGGUUUUCGAAGAGCCUCCCGAGGGCUCACGCUCUAUAAUAUUGGCUACCAACGUUGCUGAAACAUCACUGACUAUUCCGGGGGUGAAAUACGUGAUAGAUUGUGGGAGAUCCAAGGAGCGUGUUUUUGACCCUGACACAGGGGUGCAGCGCUAUGAGAUCGGUUUCAUAAGCAAGGCGAGUGCCAAUCAACGAUCCGGAAGAGCAGGACGUACCGGCCCAGGUCAUACCUGGCGACUUUAUUCGUCUGCCGUUUACGAGAGAGAUUUACAAGAAUACGCGGAUCCCGAAAUCCUGAAGAUGCCGAUAGAAGGAGUCGUGCUUCAGCUCAAGGCAAUGAACUUGAAGCACGUUGUAAAUUUCCCCUUCCCAACUUCUCCCGACCGACAUAGCCUGGCAAAGGCGGAGAAGCUCCUUCAGCAUCUCUCAGCAAUCAACGCAGACGGCUUCGCGACUCAGAUCGGGAAAACGAUGAGCAAACUUCCUCUUCCACCACGAUUCGCGCGUAUCUUAUUAGUCGGGCAUCUUCACGAUUGUCUCUCCUACACCAUCGCUCUAGUCGCAGGCCUAUCAGUAGCAGAGAUCUUCCUCCCAGAGUCCCAAGUAAUCCCUCCAGAAACAGCGGAAGACGAUGAAGGUGGGCAAGGCUUCAGAACGAACGAGGACAUCGCGGCAGAGAACGCACGGGCCCAAGCCAGGCGGAAAUACAACGAAGUGCAUCGCAAUUUCCGCUCGCUCGACGACGCAUCCGACGCAAUCAAGCUAUUGCAAGUCGUAGGCGAGUUCGCGCACUCGCCCUCGGAGAGCUGGUGUACGUCGCGGUUCGUGCGUUUCAAAGCCUUGCAAGAGACGCAGAAGCUGCGAAAGCAAAUCACCACGCUCCUGCAGAAAGACAUCCCUGCAUUCGCAAACCUGACGUUCAAGGAGCGUCUUGACCGGCCCAGCGCGAAGCAAGUGACGGCGCUGAAGCAGAUGGUAGCAGCAGGCUUCAUCGACCAGGUCGCGAUCCGGGGAGAUCUAGCCCCCGUGCCGCCAGAGAUGCACCGCAAGCCGCGGCGCGCCAUCGACGUGCCGUAUCUCCCCCUGCAGCCCCUCCCAACCCCCGCCAGCACCGCCACGGGCGACGCCCUGAUAGACAGAGCAGUAUUCAUCCACCCGUCCAGCAGCCUCUCGCACUACAGCCCGCAAGAACUCCCCGAAUACGUGAUAUACAGCGGUCUCCAGCGGUCCUCGGCCUCGGGCCCCGUCGACGGGGCGAAGAAGCCGAAGACGAGGAUGCUCGCGCUCACGGACGUCACGGGGGCCCAGCUCUCCGCGCUCGCGAAAGGCACGCCACUCAUCUCGUACGGAAAGACUAUCAAGGAAGUCCUGAGUGAACCCGGUGCCUCGACGCGCGAGUGCUGGGUCGUGCCGUAUCUCAGGGCAGAAGGAACCGGGGGUCAGGGCUGGCCGCUACCCGUGAAGAAGGUCGCGCAGAAGAAAGUGCCGGGUAAGGGAUGGAUUACGGAGUGA